AUGGAGGUCUUCCCUUCUCAAUCCCUUGAAGAGCUCGAGAACAAGGUUUUGGCUCCAAGUUGGACCGUGCCUCUCGAGAGCAAUGGGCCCUUGGUUGUCUGCACACAGGCCUUGUUGAGGCUGCUGCAAGCCAAUAGCUCAUUUGAAGCUGACGAUGUGGCCACACGCUUUUUGCAUGGUGUCUUCCACGAAAGCUAUGCCAAGCUUCUGGACUCGGACGCCGUCCGCACUUGGAAGUCAAACAUUAUUAGUUUGAUCGAGGAGAAGAUGCCCCUCUUUGCUGAAACACUAGCCUAUGUCGUGGGCGCCUCCGAUCACCCAGAGCUGUACAACCUCGUCGCGCUGGCGUUGUGUGACGACGCCGAACUGUACCACCGCUGCGGUACCGGUGCCAGUUCCACAAGCUUGCAGUCGUCGGCGUUUGCCUGUCGCCAAUAUGGCUUGUGGCCUGACGUGGUGAACAUCUUUGGCCAUCACGGUGGCUUUCAGCGCAUCGCCGCCUAUGCAGCUCGCGAGGAUGUGCCCUUUGAAAAUCUGCUACAGCUAGCCCGCAUCAGCGUUCAAGCUUCCCCCGACCUCAAGGAUAGCGUUCGUGAUCAGGUCCUCGCCCCCAUCUGGGCUCGCUUCAACACCAAGUUUGAUGGCAUGUCCAAUGACGAUCUCAAAAAGCUGGCUCCCCACGUGCUGGGCAAGCGCGGCCUGCUUGCCACUUUUGCAGCCUUCCCGCGCCUGAGAGACUCAGUUUCUCCAGGCCGACCUCCCGUCUAUGAUUGCAUGUUGCGGCUACUCAAGUGCGGUUCGUUCAGCGUGACCAUGAGCGUCAUGCAAUUUAUCCACGAACAAGCCCGAUACGGCCCAUCCACGGCCGACGUACGCUCGCGCCAGGCAACUCUCUCGCAGGAAGACAUUGCUCCUUGGAUCGUCGAAAAUGACAUUCUGGACAUUUUGCUCAAGGGCAACCUGCAUCAAGAGCAAUAUGUUCGCCGCAUCACAAAGCUAGUCACCAUCUUGACAAGCCAAAAGAUGCUGAACCAGGCCACACUCAAGCAAAUUUGGGAUGCGCAAGGGGGCAAACACGAGACGAUUGUGAAGAAUCUGCACGAGCUGCUCGCAGAAAUCGCCUGGGAUUUGACGGGAGACAACCUGCACUACCUCUUUGAGCUUUUCAAGGAGAGUUGGGGGGGUAGUGACGAGAAUCGUCGCAACCUGCUGACCCUCAUGCGUCGAUUGGCCGAAGAGGACACCCACAACACCAUGGCCAACCAAGUGUUGAAUCUCUUGUGGGAUCUUGUGCACGAUGACACGGCCAGUCGUGAGAUCAUUACGGCUGCACUUGAGGCGCACUGUCACAUUCUGCUGCACGGCUACAACCAGGAAGCCGAGAGGCGCCACUGGAUCAACACGCUUGUUGAAGCCAUUGGGGCCGAGAAGGAUGUUUUGCUCAGCGUGCAGCAGCUCCAUCGCAUCCUCAAGUACUACUCCAACUCUGCAUCCAGUCACACGAGGCACAAGGAGCUGUUCACGUUUAUUGAGAACAGCAAGUUGGCCACGCACUGCCAACAUGCGCUGCUUCAAUAUUACGAUAUGGCUCGCAGCAACCCAGCAGCCGCAGGGGGUGUGUUUUCGCACGAGGAGAUCUUGGACAUUUAUCUCGACAACAUCCGCUUUUUCAACGAGACGACGUCCAGCUACAUCUCCCUCGUCCUGGUCGAAGUUAUCUGGGAUAAAAUCUACUGUCACGCCAUUUCAGAGACGGACGCGCGCAUUCUGCUGACCUGGUUCGCCAAGAUCUGCACUUACAAUGGCAACGACACCGAUCUGGAUCUGGGCUGCAUCGCCCGCUUUUUUGACAGCCGCAUCGUGCGCCAGGACCCAACGCGCAUGAACACAGAUGCCUUUCACCUGUUCUGGGCCGCGUUCAAGUCGACCAAUCAACACCAUGGCAAGCUGAUGCUGUCCAGCGAUGGUUUGAUCAUUGAGUCCAUUCGCGACAUCAGCUUUGGUGGCCUCGAUGUUCUGUGGAUGGUGGCUUUGGAGCACGAUGACGAGCAGGUGGCCGAGCUCGGCGCCCGGGCCCUGCUACAGCUCUUUCUGGCCAGCGGUUCCGCGGUUGACUUCCACAACGCGUGGCUUGAGCAAAUUUUUACCCGCCUCACGCAGUCCUACUUUGAAAUCUGUCGCCUCGAGGAUGAAUCAGCCAAGACUCGGGCCCAAGCAUUGGUCGCGCGUGCCUUCCGCAUCCUGACCAGCUAUAUCGGGGCCACCGAGCGCAAUUACCGACGUAUCUUUGGCCUUCGCGGCCACCGAGCGGCAUACCGAGGCCAAAUGCUCAACCUCGUGCUGCAUCGCCCACGCAAGGAGGGUCGCAAGCCACUUGAUUUGCUCAUGCAUGAAACCGAUACCAUGCUCUCCCUUCGCCGCGAGGCUGCAGCCAUUUUUAGUUUGCGUCUAGAGGCGACAGCCCUGCAAACGUACAAGACAACGGCCAUGUACCUCACAAGCAACGACAUGCAUACGCUUGGCGAAGCCGGCGUGUACCACGGCCAGCACUUUUUGGUGCGGUCUCUCAACGUCAACACCAAUGGGCCCAUUCUGGGCCCGGCAAAUGAGAUGGAAGAGGCCAAGCUCCCGCGCAUGAUCCUCGCAAAUCCGCAAAACCCCUUCACUGCCAAGUUGUAUCAAAUUGCGGACGAGGUGCGCGUAGCUCCAGAGGCCCGAAGCAUGGCCCAGACAUUGCUGUUAAACCUUCCGUCCAAUGAGACAAUCAUGCAGGCUGUGGCCGAUGAAGUGGUUGCCAAGAAAGAUCUGGCGUUGGCUACCUUGCCCGAGCUGAGCCGCUUUCGCCAACUCUAUCAAAUCCUUGCCCUGUGUGCACUGCUGCAACCUUGGCCCGAUGCCGAGAGAAGCCCCGCUUUGCGCGAGCGCUCCCAGACUGUGCAAAACGUUUAUCGCCAAAGCGUGCCAUUUGCUCAGCUGCUCAGCGUGUGCCGCAUUUCAGAUGCAGAGGCCGCCACGCCGCAUCUUGAGGAAUAUGAGAUGAUCUUUGAGCUCCUCAAGGCCGUUCUCUUCCUCUUGCAAAUCAGCAUUGAGGCUGCUUCUUCGCUGGACAAGGCAACCCUGGCACACAUCUUGAGCGAACUCAGCCCUCUGCUCGAGCUCACUGCCAGCGGGCGCCUGGGCCAGAACUGCUCCCCCACAGUUGAGGCAAAGAACGCCGUGCUGUCUGUGCGAGUCCUGAACCUGAUGGAGCGGCUCUUGGCUCAGGAGGAAAGCGAGGCGACAACGUUUUUGGACGUCGUCUUCAAGCACGAUUUGCUUUCCCAGAUCUUGAUGCAUGCGUCGGAUGCUGGAACUCGAGGCAGUCUUGUCAAACUGCUCAUGAUAGUUUUUCCCAAAGCCUCGCCGCAAGACCGGGCGACCCUCUUUGCGAAGGCGUGCGGCCUCUUGGACAGAGUGCACAGCACGCCUCACUGCAGUCACCUCUUCAAUUUGGUAGUUGCGCUGGUCUCAAAACACGAGGCCUGUGCAAACACAGACGCAGACAAGCUUUUUCAGCAACAGAUUCAAGCUUUGGAGCGCUUUGAAGUUGUUGAUGGGGCCCAGCUCGAUGACUUGCAAGACGAGCUGGCCGGACGUUUCAAUCUGGCGCGUGCCCUUUUGCCGCACGUGGGUUCGACGACGCUGGACAACGUGGACCGCAUGCUCAAGCCGAUUGUGGAAAAGUUCCUCUUUCCCGCCUCCAAGCGUCUGAGUGAAUUGGCCUUGGCGGAUGAGGGCAUGGAUCUUGACGACGAACGCGUACAAGCCAUUUGCCGUGUUCCAGGGGCUCGCACAGCUGCGUUCAGCUUUUUGCAGUCGUACUUGCAGGCUCGCCCAAAAAGUCUGAUGCAGCUCUUGCUGGACCUCGCAACGCUGCAUUUUUCGCCGAGCCAACGGCUGAGUGGGUUUGAGUAUAUCCCCGUCACCACGGACCGCUCUUCCGCCGGCUUUGUUGGCUUGAAGAACGCCGGGGCAACCUGCUACCUCAACUCCUCGCUGCAGCAGCUGUUUAUGCAACCCGACAUCCGGCGCUUCUUGGCAUCCGAACUUGCCAUCCCUGCGGAGGACCGGAAUGACCUUUUGCUUUAUCAGCUCCAAAAGACCUUUGUGUUCCUUGACAAGGCCGAGCAGCAGUACUACAUCCCUGAGGACAUGUGGCGAACCUAUCGUCAUUGGGGAGAAGCGGUCAAUGUGCGCGAACAGCAGGAUGCCAAUGAGUUUUUGAACUGCUUUGUCGAUCAGAUCGAUGAGCAGCUCAAGGCUCUGCAACGCCCCCAAAUCCUGAGUCGAGUUCUCGGUGGCAUGUUCCUGGACGAAAAGAUUAUUCAAAAGGGCUGCAACCAUCGCUACACUCGAGAUGAGCCAUUCACGACGGUUUGCGUCGAAGUGACCCUUUCUGAUCGGCUCGAGGAUGGCUUGGCCAAAUAUGUGCAGGGUGAAGUUUUGGAAGGCUACAAGUGCGAAAAGUGUGCCGAGCCCCGCGAUACACUGAAGCGCCAAAGCAUCAAGCGUCUGCCACGCGUUCUAGCAAUCUCACUUAAGCGUUUCGACUUUGACUUUGAGCGUAUGGCCCCAACCAAAUUCAACAAGCGCUACGAGUUCCCGAUGGAACUGGACAUGGGUCCUUACACAGCGGCGGGUCUGCACGCCGCUGAGCUGCGUGAGAACGGCACGGAUAUUGAGACCCCAGCCUGUCCCUACCGCCUGGUGGGUGUGAUUGUGCACAGUGGUCAGGCCAAUGGCGGGCAUUACUACUCGUUCAUCCGUCAGCGCGAUGCCUGUGGAGCCGUACAAGAGGAUAGCCCCUGGCUUCGCUUUGAGGACACUGAGGUUUCCAUCGUCGAGAUGGACUCGCCCGAUACCUUGCACGAGGAGUGGUUCGGAGGCUCGUACAGCUCAGAUGUGCUGGACAAGGCGACGCACCGCUACGUCAAGCGAAAGCGCGAGCGCUGGUGGAACGCCUACAUGUUGUUCUACGAGCGCAUCGAUCCGCCUGCACUGCACAUGUCUGAUGCGUAUGAUCAUGAGCUCGAUCCCACGCUCCCGGACCACCCCUUGCCCCCGAGUGAUUCGGAGCCAGAGCCCUACGACACUGUGACGGCCGAAGAGAAGGCUGAAAAGGAGAAAGAGCUGGCUACCGUCGAUCUUGAACCAAGCACUGAACUUCAUCGGGAGCUGAAGAGGGCCAACGUAGAGUUUCGGCACAAAGCCAACGUCUUUGAUCCCGCGUACUUUUCGUUCUUGCUGCAGGCGUGCAAGCAGCAAACUCAACACUUCUUGGACCAGUUGUCCGCUGCAGCAGAUGCCGAUGCAGAGCGAGCUAUCCGUGCGGCUAUCCAGCCUGAGGUCGUUGCGCUUGUCAAUCGGGCCUUCCAGUUUUUGUCCGGCUUUGCGCUGCGCACAGAUGACUCUUACCGCCCAGCUUUGGGAGACUGGCCUGAUGUGCUGGCACGCCUCACGGAGCUGUCGCUGGAGGGACUGGAUCAACUACUCAACAGCCUGACCGAGGAACCAGACCUUUUUGAGGAUCUCUUGGUCCUCAACACGGAUGCAGAAUCUCGCCGUGUCUUUGCCCGCAUUCUGAUCAAUACUUGUGAGCGUGUGCACGAAUGCCAUGGCAGCGAAGUUCUUCUCUCGCGCAUCGAAGAUGUGCUCACUCGAUUGGGCACUCUUUUGGACACGGAGGCGAUUAAACGUCCACGUCAAUUUGAUGCUGCUUUCGAGUUUUUGGAAAGGCUUUCUGCUCUGGGUCCCUUUUGGUGUCAGGAGCUUUUGGCCCGUAACUUUGCGCUCCGAUGUUUCAGUCCCACGUCAAACACUUUGCCUUGGUUGAAGCAACUCAUGUUUGAUUUCAACCCCUUGGUUUUGCUGCUGGCUCGGCUGAUCCGAGCCGGCGGUCCCAACUUGCCGGAGCAGACAAGUGCACCACCCACCAACGUCCGAAACCCAUUCAUUCUGUCUUCGGACGUCAGCCCGGAUGCCCCUAAUGAUGAGGGUGUGUUGAGCAUCAUCCAUGAGCACAUGGAACCGCUGAUGAACAUGCUUGUUCAGCUCGAAGAGCCUUACGUCGCCGAAGCGCAAAGCCUUUUGGCUUUCUUGUGCUGGCGUGAUGAUAGCCGCCUAAUGCAGGUGCUCUGCCCUCUUCUCCUACACUUGGACAGCCACAGCCCUUGGCCCAAGGGCGAGUUUAUUCUCAACUCACUCAAGAGCAUGAUGGCCAUGCCGGACAAUAAUUUGCCGUUGCGACUCAGGCUACUUCACUAUAACCCCAAGGAGAACAACCGCGUGGCUGGACUUUUCCGCAUCCUUGAGUUUUAUUUGUUAGUAACUUGUCAUGAUGAGGGAACGGGCAUGAACUUGACUGGUUGGACGAAGCAGUCACUUUGCUCAUUCGAAAUGCCUGUCUUGUUUGAUUACAGCACCCAUCACGCAAAGAAGGUGUUCUACACAGGUGCCUUCUUAGCAUGGGAGCUGGAGACCAUUCCCGAGGCCCGUGAGUGGUUGCUGGCUGUGCCACAAGUUGACAAGUGGGCCACCAUUACAUCCUUCAUUGAAACAUCGAUUGCCAGCCUGCCGAUCGUGGCGGGACGCAACCUGGAUGUGGAUGAGACGCAUGUGUUGCGGCGCACCGAGUCAGCCGAGAAUGUCGUGGCGCUUUUGUCUCAACACGCACCAGCAGACCUGUAUCCCAUGACUAUCUCAAUCGCGCCGACCGCCCAGACCCAGUCACCAAUGUCUGAAGACGGCUCGGAUGUCGACCAAGGGGGUAUUGACAAUUUGCUCACUGAUAUUCAGGCUUAAUUGGGUCCAAGUGCGGUGGCAAAAAAGCGAUGGCCAAUGUGUGGUUGUACCAGCACAGUUUUGUGAGGUUAUCCAUGGUUUUUUUUUCUUUUUCUUGAUGUAGUUGGUCUUAUGGUUU